ACGGUCGAUAUGGACACUUGACAGCAAUGGCAGCCUUGAAAUGGGAGGUUUCUGCACGGCCACAAGUACCUACUGGCAAUUAGUACGCUUUCAAAGCCUCGACUUCUGUUUAUCGAGGAAGGACCACUAAACAGUUCAAGAUAAUCACCCGAAACCGACACAGAAGAAGAACGACAACUAGCUGUGAUGCUGGGGAACCGUCGAUUUCAUGGUGGACCAUUUUCGCUUCUGGGUUCGAAGGAGCAGAAGAAGAGAACAAUUGUUGUAGGACUGAAGUCUGAUAACAGUAGCAGAGAUAUGCUGCUGCGAGUACUUGUUGAGGUUGGCAAGGCAGGGGACAAUGUGUUGGCAGUACAUGUUGAAGAACCAAAUGAUACUUUUGAUCCAAAUACAUUUCACAUCCAUGAAGAUCUCUGCAAGUCAAAUCAGAUUGACUUUCUGGUCAAAGUAUGCACAGGAGAGACUUACAUUGCUGAAUUAACUCAUCAAGUGAGAGUGAACGGUGCUACAGUUCUUACACUUGGAUGCAGCCUUUCAGGGCCGAAAGAAUUACUUGUUGGGAAAUGCAUAAAACUGCUGCCUCCAACUUGUACUCUUCUGGUUGUCAAUAUUGCAGGAAGAAUUCUACUCCGAAGGCAAGGAAUUUACAUGCAUAGAUCUUUGAUCAUUGAAUCCUCUAUAUCUCCAUCCAAAAAAGCCAGCUUUGCACAACCAAUAAUCACAAAUCAAUUGAAGAAAUGCAUAACCACAGCACCUUCUUCCCCUACCUCUUCGCCAAAACGAAAUAGUGGUAAUACAAGAAAGUUCAGUGUUAAUGAAGAUGUGCAAUGUCCGGACUGGCUGUCACAAAAACUCUUCCAGAGACUGGCAAUCCUAGAAGCAAAUGGGUCGAGCAAGCGUUUUACAUCAACAGAGCUUAAUGCAGCUACUAAUAAUUUUAGUCCUGCCAUGUUCAUUGCAGAGGGGACUAAUAGUAUGGUGUACAAAGCCAACCUUGUCAAUGGUCUGGCUGUAGCUGUGAAAGUGCUUAAGAACACACAUUGGUCAGCGGAGGAUCUGUUCCAAGAAGUGGAAACUUUGUCCAGCAUAAAGCAUGAAAACAUAGUCCGGAUAGUUGGGUAUUGCAUAUGUAGGAAGAUGAAUGCAGUUGUGUAUGAUCUCCUAAUGGGGAGCUUGAAGCAAACUUUGAGAACGCUCAAAUGGAGCGAGAGAAUGCGAAUUGCAGUUGAUGUAGCAAGGGCCCUGGAUCACCUUCACCAUUGUUGCAACCCUCCAAUCAUCCACAGAGAUGUGAAGUCCUCUAAUAUACUUCUUUCUAACAAUUAUCAAUCACUACUUUCAGAUUUUGGAGCAGCAAUGGUACAUAAUCAAUCAGAGGAAAAUUCAGAAAAUAUGAAGCCAUUGAAUGUUGUUGGGACCUUUGGAUACUUAGCUCCAGAGUACAUGAUGUGUGGAAAAAUCGAUGAGAAGGUAGACGUGUACUCCUAUGGCGUUGUGCUCCUGGAACUCAUUACUGGAAAAGAAGCUAUUCAAAAAAACCAGGCGAAUAACGAAAGCUUAGUACUUUGGGCAAGUUCUUUACUUAGCCGCGGCCUGUGGGAGUGUCUGAUAGAUCCUGAAUUGAACCGUGAAUAUGAUAAGAAAGAGAUGGAAAUGAUGAUGUUCAUGGCACGCCUUUGCCUCACACAUUCAUCGUGGCGAAGGCCAACUAUGAAAGUGAUACUGAGGGUAUUUGAGGAGCCUGAGUACUGGCAAAAGAUGCAAAGCGGGAAACAUGAGUUCCUCGACGAUAUGGCUGCUCAGAUGCUCUAAAUAUGGAUGAAUUCUACUGCAAGUAAGAUUAUUUGAAGUGCUGGAUUGCUGUAUAGUUAAUAAACUUGUUUCAGUGAACUGAUUUACAGGUUGGUUUCCUGAAAAGGUCUUACAUAUCAUGUGCAGUUCUUGAAUUGAUUUGAUCUUGGUUAUCUGCUGUCACCCAUUUUAUAUAGUCAAAUGCAAUUCCUUUUAGAGUGUGAAAGAUGCUGAAAGGGGAUAAUCACACACAAUAGAAUGAAU